CCGCCGCAGCCAAUUCUUCCCUUCAUUCUUCAUACUCCUCCUUCACUUCACCAACAAAACCGCCAAACCGAGUGGGCAACUCUCUGUCCCUAGCUUUCUCACGCGGCCGUCGGCUUCUGCACGCACUCGCUCUUCGUGGAUAAUCCUAUAUUGGAGUUCAACCGUUAUUGGAAGAGCAUCGGAUUAGGGUUCAAAACUCCCCGCGAGGCGAUUGAAGGUCUAAUUUUGUCAUUUAUUUUUGCAGUUUCUCAAUCAGUCGGCUUCUGCACACACUCUCUCGCUCGUCGUGGAUAAUCCUAAAUUGGAGUUCUUUUGAGGCCCAUUGUAAGAAGCCCACUCACAUACGUUAGUUGUAUGCCCGCCUCCACAAUUGUUUGCAUCAAGCUGAUCCGCCCGCCGGGAUUCGUCGAUCCGCCUGUUCCGCUAUCAGGAGAUUUACAUAAUCAGAAAAGGUUGGUUAUGGCGGAAGGAAGGGAGGCAAUUGUUGGCUGUCGUCUUGUCUCGAAACUGGUUAAAGUUCAAAAGAGAGGGUAUGGAGGAGCAAUUUAUAUUGAGGGUUACCCCAAGCGUCGCUGAGAGGAUAGAACGGUUUUUAAAUGACCCUAGCUCGUCCUCCGAAGACAAGUCUUUGGAUUUGUCCUUUUCUGAGGAUGGAAGAACUGGCUCCUUUGUUAUUGGCAGUGAUCGAUUCUCUGCUUCUUUGUUGGAUCUUCCAACAGUUGUAGAAUCAUAUAAGACUUAUGAUGACAAUGUGCUGAUCAAAACUGCAGAUAUUGGCCAAAUGGUAAUGGUGAGAGAGGAGGGUGAGAAUGUUCCGGAAACAGUGGAGUAUAGACAUGGACUUACUCCACCAAUGAGGGAUGCUCGGAGGCGAAGGUUUCGGCGAGAGCCUGAUUUAAAUCCGGAGGUUGUCAGUCGAGUCGAGAAAGAUUUGCAGAACAUUAUGGCUGGCGGAACUGCUGAGAAUAUUGGAAUUGAAAUGGCUGAGCCAGAGGAAUAUGGCGAUGAAAAUGCUCGUAGUACGAGAAAGAAAGUGGUUGCUGCACCUGCAGCAAAGACUAAUAUGCCUCAAGCUGGGACAAUCGGUGGGGAGCCUGAUGGUAGUGAUUCUGAUGAGUCCGAUGAUUCCAUAUGACUACAGAUUCGUUAUAUGAACAGGAAUGUGUUUGUUGGUGUUGAGUUCAUGACGGAUUGAAUUAUGCCUACCUCGUACGAUGAUCUCUGCAAUAACUCUUUAAGCUGCAAUGCUCUUAUUUUACUGUCUUCCGUGUGCAAUGGAUUAGUGCCAAUAUGACGUAUGGUCGCAUCUGGACUUUGUUCUUGCUCAUACCUUUUCUAUCGAAGCAUGAGCAGAGUGUAUCAUUUUAUGAAUUAUAAUUAAUUAAUUAUCCCCUUUUGCAUCUUAAA